AUGGCCAAAACCCGCUCCAACCCCCCCAAGCGGAAAUCAAAAUCCACCUCCACCGCCAAAUCAAUCCUGCACAGCGCCUCCAGCACCUUCUCCACCAACCCACACGCCCCCAAACCACCCCCCCCCUCCGCAGACACCCUCACCGCCUCCGCCGCCACCGCCCUCCACACCGAAGGCAACCCGCACGACGCCCUCCGCCUCACCACCCUCGCGCUGCAAUCCGACCCCGCGCACCUCCCCGCGCUCGAGCUGCACGGCGAGGCCCACCUCGAGCUCGGCGACGAGGACAGCGCGCGCACCUACUUUGAGAAGGCGGCCGCCCUCGACCCCGACGGCGCGCUGUCGGGGCCGGAGAAGUUCCUGUGGCUGGCGCAGCUGGGCGUGGGCGGGGCGGAGAUGAUGCGGUGGUAUGAGCGCGGCACGGCGGUGCUGCGCGCGUGGAUGCAGGAGGGGCGCGGCGCGGAGAGGGGGCUGAGGGAGAAGAUGUGUGGCGCGUUGUGUGCGAUGGCGGAGAUAUAUAUGAGUGAUCUGUGCGACGAACCCGACGCCGAAUCCCGCUGCGAAUCCUACGUCACCGAAGCGCUCCUCACCACGCCCGACUCCUCCGAAGCCCUCCAAACCCUCGCCUCCAUCCGCAUCUCCCAGCAGCGGCCCGCCGAUGCCAUCACAGCACUGCAGCGCUCGCUGCGCGUAUGGCAGGACCUCCCCGCCGACGCUGCCGAGGUGCCGAGCUAUGCGUCGCGCAUCAACCUGGCCAAGCUUCUGAUCGAGACGGCGCAGUACGACACUGCGCUGGAGGUGCUGGAGCGGCUGCAGCUGGAGGACGACCAGCUGCCGGAUCUGUGGUAUCUGGCGGGUGGUGCUUGUUUCUGUAUGGCGCUGGGGUGGGAGGAUGUGGGGAUUUGGGAGCAUGCGGAGGAGUUGAGGGGGAGGAUUGGGGCGGAGAUUGGGGAGGAGGAGGAAGGAGAGGAUGAGGAUGGCGAGGAGGAGGGGGAGGAGGAGUGGGAGAGUGAGGAGGAGGGGAGGAUGGGGAUGUGGAGAUGA